AUGAAGUACUUCGCCGCCACCGCCGCCCUCGUCGCCCUCGUCCCUUCGGUCCUCGCCUUGACCAUUAAUACCCCGUCAGCAAAAUUUCUUAUACUGCCGUAUAAUAAACCUAACGUGCCUGCCUUGCAUACAGUAUUGGCGUGGUUCAAUGCCAGUCCAGAACCCACGCUCUUGACUUUUGAGGGCGGUUCUCCGCCAUACUACCUCACCAUCAUCCCUGGUGGACAAGCCAGCGCGCAGCCACUCAAGUCAUUCCCCCCGCAAUCUGGCAACACUGUCACUUGGGUUUCCGAUAUUGCUCAGGGUACCAGCGUCACCUUCGCUUUGAAGGACUCGACUGGCUUGACGGCCUUCACUGAUGCCGUUACCGUCCAGACCAGCACCGAUAAAAGCUGCAUCACUGGUAGCACUGAUGCCACCGUCCCGGUCGCGCCAGACUCGACUGAUGGCACCUCCACAGGCUCGGCCGGUAGUGCGCCGUCCGCCUCUGCGCCCGCCGGUGCUGCAGUCUCUUCCACCCACGCCGCCAGCGUCGCUUCUGCUCCGGGUGCCGCGCAUCCCACUACCCCUGCUGUUGUUGCCGUUGGCACCACCUCGAGGGCCGUUGCAGCUGCUGGUACCACUCCCGCUGCUACUUCCUCUGCUACUGGAGUAGCUACAAACAACAACACUUCGGGAGCCGAAUCCCGUGUCAACAUCGGCAGCUACGGCAUUGUGGGUGUUUUGGGUCUUCUCGGCGCGAUGUUCUUGUAG